CAGAGUGAGUGGACUUAAGUCCGUGCGGGAAACAAAUGUCACUGAAGUGAACCGUUUCACAAUAUGGAAUUUAAACUACCACUCUUUUUAGUGGCCGUUACAUUUUUUACAUACAGUGAUGGUUUAGGUUUUAGACCACAUUUUCGUCAUUUGGCCGCAAGCCGAAACGACGGUUUAAAACCUCCGCAAGUCCAUCACGAGUCCACAUGUCCACCCGAAUUUAAAAUCAAGUGUCAACACUUGUGCUCGAUGGAGAAUGGCCAGCCCACGUGUCAGUGCCUUCCUGGCUAUGUUAAAAACGGAUUCGAAUGUCAAGACAUUGACGAAUGCAAAGAGAACAACGGUGGUUGUCACGACAUCUGCAAAAAUCUCCCCGGUUCGUUCGAGUGCCAGUGUAAGCCAGGCUAUCGCCUAACCACCAACCGAAAAUCCUGCGAGGAUAUUAAUGAAUGUUACCUCCGCAACGGACACGGUCCCUGUCAAGACACAUGCGAGAACACCCAAGGCGGUUACAAAUGCGGAUGCGAAAGACUUCCGGGCACCGUUCUGUCAAUUGACAAUCAUACUUGUGUGGAAAUGAACGUUUGCGAGGGGAUUUCUGGCUGUUCGCACGGAUGUUUGAACGCUCAUGGCAAGGCGUUCUGCACUUGUCCCCCCGGAAUGGAAUUGGAGGAUGAUUGGAGAACUUGUAAAGAUAUCAAUGAAUGUGAGAACGAAAUUAUCAAAAGAAAAUGCAAACACGGCGGUUGCCUUAAUUUCAUAGGAUCAUACGUUUGUACUAACAAAAAGUAUUAUAAAUUGUUGGCUGAUGAACCUGAAGAAGAACGUGGCGAAGAAGAUUAUGAAGGUGAGGACUACGACGAAGGUGAUUAUGAAGAUGAGGAUUAUGAGGAGGAGGAGAACACUAAUGAAGAACGUCCAGAUGAAGAAAUUGAAAAAUCAGAAGAUGGCAUGGAUCCUGAAGAAAAGCAACCUGAACAAAAUAUAAUUGAAAAAACUAAAGAGGCAACUAAUACUCCAAAAGUUGAAGAAGAAGCCAAGAAUAAAGUUGACGAACACGAAGAGGAGUAUGAUGAACAUGAAGAGAAACAAGAAACAGAUAAAGAUAAUGAAAUACCUCAUCAAAUAGAAGAAAAAACUGAAUCUUCUAAAGUUGACGAAGAAGUCGUUAAUAAAAUUGAUGAAGAUGAUGGUGAAAACUAUGACGAACAUGAAGAGGAAACAGAAACCGACAAAGAUAAUGAAAUACCUCAUGAAACUAAAGUGGAAACUGAAUCGUCUAAAGUAGAAGGAGAAGUCAACAAUAAAACAGACAAAAAUGACGAAAAUUAUGAUGAGGAAGGCGAUUAUGAUGACACUGAAGAAGAAACAGAAGAGAAUGUAAAGGUUUCGAAAGAAACAACUCCUCAAUCAGUUGAAAAUAGUUCUACCGUAAGUAUCGUAAAAGAAACUGAAGAAGAAGAAGUCUAUGACGAUGAUUACGAUGAAGAUUAUGAAGAAGAAACUACGACACUUUCUACAACUACAACAACAACUCCAGCAAUUACAACAACAUCAACAACAACAAGUACUACCACUCCUUCAACAACAUCAACGACUAAAAUUAAAGAAAGCGAUGAAGAGGAAUACGAAGAUGAAUAUGAUGAAGAACCUGAAAUCACUACUAAAACUCCUUCGACUACUACAGAUACCCUCUCGACCGAAAAAAAUGAAGUUACUGAAGAUGAAUUACAUAAAGUAGAUGUUUAUAAAACUGGUUCUACAGAAGAAAGAUCUGAAGCAUCGCCUGAAAGAGAACAACCUAUUGACUCCACAAUCUUUACAACACAAGCUAGUAGCUCCACAACUGAAACUAGUGUAACUCCUAUAGGCAGUAAUGAUAGUGUUACAGAAACCACUGAUGAAGAAGAUGAUUAUGACGAUGAAAAUGAUGAGGAAGAUAAUUAUGACGAUGAUAAUGAAGAAGUUCCUUCCGUAACAACAGAAGACAAAAAGUGCAAUGCCGGAUUUAAAUUGAAUUCUGUAGGAGAAUGUGAAGACAUUGACGAAUGUCUGUCAAACAGCCAUCAAUGUUCGGAUUACUGCGAAAACACAAUAGGAAGUUACAAAUGUUCUUGCCCCAAUGGCUACACAAUUAAGGAAGAUCCUUUCACCUGUGAGGAUGUGGACGAAUGCGAGGACAAUCCUUGUUCGCACACGUGCACAAACGAAGAGGGCUCCUUCAAAUGUUCUUGCCCUCCCACUUUGACUUUACAAGGCACCAAAUGCGUGAACCAGACCUGUUCACACGAUGAAACUCGUAUUAACAAUCAGGUACAAUGUACGUGUCCCGAAGGUUACGUUUUAGGGCCGGACGGUCGCACCUGCGAGGACAUCGACGAGUGCAUUUCGGAGAACUAUUGCGCACAAACGUGCACCAACUCCAUUGGCAGUUACAAAUGCGGGUGCGACGCAGGGUUCGAAUUGCACAGUGAUGGUAAAACGUGCAUUGAUGUGGACGAGUGUCAGGGCGAUCAUAAGUGUCCUCACUUAUGCAAGAACAAAAUGGGAGGGUUUUUAUGUAUAUGCGAAGAGGGGUACCGAUAUAAUGAGGAAACGAACCAGUGUCUGGACAUUGACGAGUGCAAAGAGAAGAAUCUGUGUAACCAUAUCUGCGACAAUUACGAAGGCGGCUACGAAUGUCUAUGUCGUCCGGGUUACAAAUUGGGAAGUGACGAUGCGACUUGUGAAGAUAUUGAUGAAUGCGCAGACAACAAUGUUAACUGCACGCAAAUCUGCACCAACAUUGAUGGUGGUUACAAAUGUGAUUGUGAGGAAGGUUUCCAAUUGGACAAGGAUAACAAAACUUGCGUCCAAAACAAUCCUUGUGCGUUGGCCAAUGGUGGUUGUUCACACGAGUGUGUGAACAUUGAAGGAACAGCACAUUGCAAAUGUCCUGAACAUCAUGAACUGGAAGGAAAGACUUGCGUAUUGGUCAAUCCGUGCAGGAGUAAUAAUGGAGGUUGUUCACACUAUUGCGAAUUCAUUGAUGGAGUAGUUCAAUGCUUGUGUCCUGAAGGAUACGAAUUAAUUGAGCAAAAUACUUGCGAGGAAAUUGAUCAAUGUCUCCAUGACAAUGGUGGUUGUUCUCAUAUUUGCAAUUUUAAAAAUCAUACUACGAUUUGUUCUUGUCCCCCUAGUUACACAUUACACAAUGACACUCACUGUAAAGAAAUUAAUCCUUGUUUGGAGGACAAUGGAGGAUGUUCUCAUUAUUGUAACUUUACAAAUGGUGAAAUGAGUUGCAGUUGUCCCGAUCAUUAUAAUUUGGAGGGCAAAACUUGUUAUAUACAAGAACCAUGUUUGAUCAAUAAUGGUGGUUGUUCACACGAUUGUUUGACUGAUGAAAAUAACGUUGUGGUUUGUCAAUGUCCACCAAAUUACGAACUAAAGAAUAAAACUUGUUAUCCUAUCGAUCCUUGUAUUGUUCACAAUGGUAAUUGCAGUCAUAUUUGUAAUAAUGUUAACGGUGCUGCUGAAUGUAAAUGUCCUGAGCAUUGGAGUUUGGUUAAUAGUACCCACUGUGAACAAGAUAAUCCAUGCAAAACGGAGAACGGUGGGUGUUCAGACAUUUGUGAGAACAACAACGGUAAACCUUUAUGUUUUUGUCCCGAAGGGUAUAUGUUGAAGGAUGAACGCAACUGUAUUUUGAUUAAUCCUUGUGAAACUAACAAUGGAGGUUGCUCACAUAUUUGUAAGGUAGUUGAAGGUUCUGCUCAAUGUUCCUGCCCUGAAAACUUUCAACUGAUAAAUACAACAAGUUGCAAAGAGCUAAAUCCUUGUCAAAUAGACAACGGUGGUUGCUCCCACGAGUGCGUGUUUGAAGAAAACAAAGUCUAUUGUCUUUGUCCUGAAAAUCAUAAAUUAAUAGAUAAAUACUGCACCCCAAUUGAAAUAAACGAUUGUACUAAUAAUAAUGGAGGUUGCUCACACAAUUGCAAAAUGAUAAACAACGAAGUACAGUGUUCCUGUCCAGAUCACUACAACCUAAUUAAUAAAACUACUUGCGAAUUAGUAAACCCCUGUCUGAUCAACAACGGAGGUUGUUCUCACGAGUGCGUCUCCGAAGAAAACCAAGUCUACUGUUUGUGUCCUGAGAAUCAUAAAUUAAUUGGUAAAGAAUGCGAGUUGAUAAACCCUUGCGAAGACAAAAACGGAGGUUGUUCUCAUGUAUGCAACAGUUUAAACGGACAAGUGAUAUGCAUAUGUCCACCCGGCUAUGAACUCAUCAAUAAAACCUGCUUCAAAAACAACCCUUGUCUGUUAAACAACGGAGGUUGUUCUCACACUUGUGAAAAUGUAGAAGGACAAGCCGUUUGUACUUGUCCGUCAGGUUACAAAUUGUCCGACAAAACUUGCAUGUAUGAAGAACCUUGCGCACAAAACAACGGGGGUUGUUCCCACUUUUGUGAGAAUAUCGACGGACAAGCUCGUUGCAGUUGUCCACCAGGCUACAAACUUUUCGGUGGUACAUGUCUGGACGAAGACCCUUGUAGGAAAAAUAACGGUGGCUGCUCCCAUUUCUGUCAUAACAAAGACGGCAAACGCGAGUGCUCCUGCCCUAACGGCUUCAUGUUGAGACCCAAUCGCAGGAUUUGCAAGGAAAUCAAUGAGUGCAGAGUGAACCGGGGCGGAUGUUCGCACAAUUGCAGGAAUCUCAUAGGUAGUUACGAGUGUUUAUGUCCCUCCGGAUACAAACUAGGACCAGACCAAAAGACUUGCUACGAUGUAAACGAGUGCUCGUUGAACAACGGCGAUUGUCAAAGCAUUUGCAGGAAUUAUAGAGGAGGUUACAGGUGUGAAUGCGAACCGGGUUACGUGUUGCAGGACGACAGGAAGUCUUGUAAAAGAGUUGGACGCGGUGGGCGAGUCGGAGGUUUAUGCAGGAUACCGAGUCCCCCACACUACGGACAUUUAAAAUGCAAAGAUCUCGAACGAUCCGAUUACGGGACGCUUGUUCCCUCAGGCACUGAAUGCAGCGUUUGGUGUCGUGAUGGUUACAGGCUAAACGGCACUUCUUUGAAAAUCUGUCAAGACAACGGUAGUUGGGGAUCUGACGAAUCGAUUUGUAUCCCCGCGACAUGUCCAAAACUUCCACCUAUUAAAAACGGUUGGUUUGUGCCCGGUGUCUGUAACACAGGAAAAGUUUAUCCUGGUGAAUCCUGUCAUCCAUUCUGUAGAAGAGGUUACAAGCCUAAUUUGGCAAUCACUUCAUUUAGGUGCAAUGAAGACAUGUUAUGGGAUCCUCUUGUUUCUGCUUCUGAUUUAGAAUCGGCUUGUGUUAGAGAUAUAAUUCCAAGUUACUUUAUAAAAUGUCCUGGAAAUGGAGAGAUUUCUUUUACACUUCCUUACGGCCAGAACCAAAUGUUGGUACGAAUUCCUAGACCGGAAUCAAACGUCGAUUGGAACAGAGAUAUUUCUUCGAAUCCAUCUUGGGGUAUGAACUUGGAAACAAUUUUGCCAGCGGGACGAACGGAAGUGACAUUCUUUGCUCAUGCUCCGGGCACGAGAAACAGCACCACCUCAUGUCAUUUAACAAUUAACGUUCUUGACAAGGAAAAUCCGAGAAUGUCUAAUUGUCCGCAAAAUAUUGAAACUGAACUGGCAAGGGGACAGAAUUCCAAAGUAGUUUAUUGGAACGAACCUACUUUCGACGAUAACGUUGGAAUUGGAAAUGUAUAUAAAUCAAGGAAUCCAGGUUCUGAAUUUGGACUCGGCAUUCACCACAUCAACUACGUGGCAAGUGAUGAAGCUGGUAACAGAGCUUUCUGCCACUUUACGAUCGACGUUAAAGAAGAGGCUGAGCAUGAAAUCUCUAACUCAAUCCCUGUAGAAAUGUAUCGCCAUCAAGCAGGAAGAUACAGAGCAGUUUUGAUAUGUCCAAGUGGGAUACAACACAUGUCACAAUCACCAGAACAUUAUGAUAAUUCUUUAUUAACUGAAGCUGGGUGUUACUGGAGGCAUGUAAGAGUUCCCAUGUACGAUCAUCAAGAAACGUACGGAAAAAUACCGAAAGUGUUCAAUGAAAGAAGACUACCACCCCAUAUAAAGCGCAGACGUCAGUACUUCAAAUGGGCCAAAUAGUUUCUUUCUACUAUUCGAAUUAUCAAUUAUUUUAUAUGUACUUAUGUCAAAUAAAUUAUUUUGUUAUUACAUA